GGCGGCCCUGGCCCAGGCGUCUUCGCGCUUGCUCGGGGCGCCGUAACGUGGCGGCAGCGGGUUCGCUGGCAACGGGGCCCGCCCCGGCGCGACUGACAGGCGGGUGGUAGGGAGACGUGUGCGAGCGGGAGCGGCCCGGUUCCCGCACCCCUCCCCGCUGUGGCGGGGGAUGAUGUCGUUAUGCGGCGGCUCCGGCCCCGCGGCUGCCCCUCGCUUGCGGCCUCGCGCCGCCCAGAUGGCGCGGCGGCCCGAGCUGCUGUGCGGCGCUGCCAUCCUGCUGGGCUGCGCCUUCCUUGUCGCCCUCAAAGUCACCUGCAGCCGAGCAAAAGAUGUAACAAUGCCAGCGAAACUUCCAGUGAAUUUUUUCUCCACAAGAUCUCCAGUCAUUGAUCUUUUCCGUGGACAGUUAGACUAUGCAGAUCACCUUCGGCAGGAUUCGGAAAUUGCGCUGUAUUUCUUCUACGCGCCGUGGUGUGGCCAGUCCAUUGCAGCAAGAGAGGAAGUAGAACAUGUGGCCAGCAGCUUGUCAGACCAGGUGCUGUUUGUGGCAGUAAAUUGCUGGUGGAACCAGGGGAAAUGUAGGAAGCAGAAGCAUUUCUUUUAUUUUCCUGUGAUACACUUAUACCAUCAGAGUUUUGGACCAAUUGAAUACAAAGGCCCUAUGAGUGCUGUUUAUAUUGAAAAGUUUGUUCGUCGGGUGAUGACACCACUACUCUACAUCUCGUCUCGAUCAAAAUUACUAGAUUUCCUCUCAAAUUAUGAGCCAGGAGUUAUAGGAUAUUUUGAGUUCAAUGCUUCACCCCAACCGCCUGGUUAUUUAACAUUCUUCACGUCAGCAUUACAUUCAUUAAAGAAAGAUUACCUUGGAACAAUACGCUUUGGAGUGAUCACAGAUAAACGUGUUGCAGAGGAGAUUUCCUUGGUGCGUUCAGGCAGCGUGUAUUUGCACAGACAUGUCAACACAUCUCUUAUCUACCCAAAUGACAUAAUGAACUAUACUGCUGAGAACAUUUGCAAGUGGGCUCUAGAAAAUCGAGAGAUGCUAAUACGGUGGCUGAGACCACACGGUGGAAAAAGCCUUCUUCUAAACAAUGAGCUGAAGAAAGGACCAGCACUUCUCAUAUUUAUACCUUACAAUCCCUUAGCAGAAAUUCAUCCUCUUUUAGAUGAAAUUACCAAAGUGGCCUUGGAAUACCACAACUGUAAUAAAAGCCAGGCAGCUGAGCCAGAUCUUCAACACUUAGGAGACACCGAUUCACCAGCUUUUGAUUCCUCUGUACCAGAUGCACAUCUGAAAUUACCAGAAACGUUUUCCAUAACCAAGUACCCAUGUUGUAACACAGUGGUGCUUCCCCAGUGGCAUUCAAUAUCCAGAACUCACAAUGUCUGUGAGCUUUGCAUUAACCAGACACGUGGUGUCAAACCAAAUAAAGUCCAUGGGCCACACUGUAACUUUUUAGAGAUAGAAGCAGCUUUGGACUCUUUCUACCUCCAGGAACAUACCUUUUUCCAAGUUAUUUCGAAUACCAUAGAAUGCAGCAAUUUCUUAAGUUUCUAUAGUCCCUUUAGUUAUUACACUGCAUGUUGCAGGACAGUAAACAGGCAUUUUUUAAGUUUCAUUAGUUCUGAGAAUGCCAUCUUUCAGACCCCCAAGGUAGCAUUUUCUUCCCAUGGGAAGAAAGAUAACACCCAACAUUCUACUCCUCACAUUGAGGAUAGGAAUUGUUUCAUUCCUAACCUUCAUCUUAGUGACACUAACAUUACGGGUCUGAGCUGCAGGACCAACAAAACCUUGAAUCUCUAUCUACUGGAUUCAAAUCUUUUUUGGAUAUAUGCAGAGAGACUAGGAGCAUCAAGAUCUACUCAUCUUAAGGAAUUUGCUGCCAUCGUUGACCUAAAAGAAGAAGUGCACUAUGUCCUGGAUCAAAAUCAGUCACUCAUUGGAUCUACCCUGGAGAACUUCAUAAAAAAUUUCAGUAUUCUCUACAGUCCCUUGAGAAGGCAUCUUGUGGAUGACCAUUCAGUUCAUUUUCAUGGACAGCAUGUAAUCAGAGAAGUGACUACUCAUACCUUUCAUGAAACUGUGUUUUUGAGUGAAAAGAAUGUGUUGCUGCUCUAUUACGCACCAUGGUGUGGAUUCUGUGCUUCUCUAAAUCACAUCUUUAUUCAACUUGCUCGGCUUUUACCUCCAGAUAAUUUCAUUGUGGCAAGGAUUGAUAUCACUCGAAAUGACCUUCCGUGGGAAUUUAUGACAGAUCAUCUCCCCACCAUUUUACUUUUUCCUCGCCAGAGGAAGGAGCAAAGUGUGAAGUUCCCUGAAGACUUUCCAGUUAACCUUCCUAAUCUCCUUAAAUUUAUUUUACAUCACUCAAGUCUUUCUUCAUCAGAGCCCUGUACCAAAGAAUGCCUACAUAAGGGGACAGUUCUACAGCAAGGACACAUCUCCCACCUAGAGAGAGAAAUUCAGAAGUUAAGAUCAGAAAUUAGGGCACUUCAUCAGGCCCAUGACCAGCUUGAAGCACAGCUUUCUGAAGCUAGGAGAGAGGAACACAGACUACAGCAGGAAAAACACACACUAGAAAAGCAGCACAGGACUCUGCAGCUCCAUAGUGAGCAGCUACAGGCCACAUAUGACCAGAAGAAUAAGGAAUUAUUAGAAAUGGCUGAAAAGCUUCAAGAAUUAGCUGAUGCAUCGGAAAACCUCCUUAAAGCAAAUACUUUGCUGAGAAUCCUGGUGGCAUCAAGGGAAGGAAAGCUACAAAGCGAAGAGGAAAUUAAAGAAUCUCUUCUGUCAGAGCAGACAAUUUCUGAAGAUCAUGAUGUAUCAGUUUCAACAGGUACUGCCACAUCAGAAGAAGAAAGGAUUGAUAACAUGGAUACCAUAAACACAGAGCACAGUAGUGGAAACAGGACAGUAUGAUUGCUUACACAGUCAAAUGAUGCAGUAUAGGGUAGGUAUUUAUGCAAAUUUUAUUGAAAUUCAUUGUAAAUAAAAAGACUUCUUCCCCUAUAUCAUCUAGGAAAAGAAAAAUCAAAUGGGAUAUUUUUGUAUACUUGAACAAUUACUUAAUACCCACAUCUAAAAAGAAGAGGAGAAUGGAAAACACUUUCUGCACUUUACUAUUGCACUAACUUGUAAAUCCUAUCCAUUUAAAUUAAAGAUGCUGGUUUUUAAGGGGCAGGAGUAUGAAGCACCUCUGACUUCAGGAGCAGUUAUUUUUUCACUGGCUUUCUCUUAUAGCUGCUGAAAGAGAAAUCAGACCUUUGAUUUAUACUUCCACAUAUAAAUUUCUGAAGUUUGCCCUUUACACUGCAUUGUCUUUGAAUUAAAAGAUACUUCAUCUGUGUAAUCAGUAAACUUGAAUGGACAACAUCAUCUUGCUACAACUAUUCUAUUAUAGAACUUCAGCACUUCAUCACUUUUGUAUACCAGUUAUCUGACUGUCUUGAAAAAUCUGCAAGAGCCAUGUGUGAACUGUUCCUUACUGAAAACUAAAAGUCUUACUGAAUUAA